GUCGAAAAUUGAAAAGCCUGGAAGUCUCGUUUCUUCUCUGCUUCUACAGCGUCGUUGCUUUGCUUGUUCGAAGACUGGAAGUAGUAUCGUCAAUGGCUACAUGCAACAUGGCAUGUGUAACAUCUGGUCUGGUGUUUAAAUCCGGUGUCGUAUUGGAUACGAGCUCAAAUUCCAGGACUUGUGCUGCUUUCUUUGCCAAGAAUAAUGUCAAGAGUGGUUCAAGGAGGCUAGUUGUACGUGCGGCAGAUGAAGCGUCGCCUGCGGAACCGGCAGCCGCUACUACCACCACUGCCCCGGCUGAGCCUAAGGCUGCUCCUAAGCCACCUCCGAUUGGACCCAAGAGGGGCAGCAAGGUGAAGAUCCUAAGGAGAGAGUCUUACUGGUUCAAAGAUGUUGGAUCUGUUGUGACCGUCGAUCAGGAUCCCAAAACCAGGUACCCAGUCGUGGUAAGAUUUACCAAAGUGAACUAUGCCAAUGUAUCAACAAACAACUAUGCCUUGGAUGAGGUUGAAGAACUGAAGUGAGCAUUGUAUGUGCAUUUUCUGAUCUGUACUAUAUUUCAACUCUGUAAUCCCCCUCCCCCGUUUCUACUCCUCUAUAAUGUGAUGAUUAUUUGCCCUAUUAUCUGGUUUCUAUAAUUCUAUAAUCUCUUCUUCA